CAACAUCAACGUCACCGUCACCGUUACCACGAACGUCGCCGUUGCCGUAUAAAAUGGAACCCUCAUAUGAUCACGAACAUCCACAUCAUCUGCUAACAAAUUACAAUUCGAAGAAGUACCCGCACGUAUCGCGCACGCCUGAGUACAGCCACUCCACCGGCAGCGACUAUCCGGAGCACGGGGUCUACCUGACGGAUGGGCGCCUGAUGCACGAGAGCAACAGCGAUGCCGGGAUCUACCACGUGCGCCAGGGGAGCGAGCACUCCUCGCCCAGCCUGCACUCGCCAGCCAUACAGAGUUCCGGAUACGAGAACGAGCACCUCAACGAGACCGUGCUGGCGGCGCACAGCCACAGCCACUCGCCCAUGCCGAUGGUGUCCAGUGCCUAUGUGGGCGGAGGCACUGCAUCCGGAUCGCUGAUCAGCAGCAAUAUCCCUCUGCUGGGCGGUGGCGGCAACUCGGUGCUGAACAAAUUCCUGUCGCAUCCGCACGCGGGGAUGGUGGGCGGAGGAUCGGGCCCAAUGGAGGACUGCACAUCGCACUCGCCCAUCGAGCCGGCGUCCAUGUGGAGCUACGACUACAAAGGCGAGCUCUGCGCCCCCAACUGUGGCUAUCUGGAGCGGCACAAGCCGCUGCCCGCCGACCUUAAGUACCGGCCCGGCGGAACCCAGUCAAAAAGUGCCAAAGAAUCGCGCAUCCGGCGGCCGAUGAACGCCUUCAUGGUCUGGGCCAAGAUCGAGCGCAAGAAGCUGGCCGACGAGAAUCCCGACCUGCAUAACGCCGACCUCAGCAAGAUGUUGGGAAAAAAAUGGCGCUCGCUAACGCCGCAAGAUCGAAGGCCCUACGUGGAGGAGGCGGAGCGCCUGCGGGUGAUUCACAUGACGGAGCACCCGAACUACAAGUACAGACCCCGGCGGCGCAAGCAGUCCAAGCUGCGGGCCAUGCAGCCGGGCGGCAAGGAGCAGAGCGAGAGUUCGCCCAAUCCGGGCGGUGGUGGUCCCAAAUCGAACCCCAAGCUGGCCACACCUCCGCUGGCCACCGCCUCCUCCAGCUACACCUCGCCCACCGACGAAAGCACCUGCAACUCCACGAACCAGAAUCACAACCAGGCCACUCCGGGUGGCCUCUACGAACAGCCGCUGAAGCCCACGUAUUCGCCCAGCUCCGUGGACUGCUACAGCAAUGCGGACAGCACGGAGCAGAUCGAGUCGCUGGCCGCCAACUGUCCGCCCGCCCUACUCAAUGAGACGUCGCCCACGGGAGGCGGCUACGACAGUUCCCUGUUGCUCAAGAAGUUAACCAAGCCGCCGACCAGUCGAGCGGCCAAGUCCCGCCAGGAAAAGCUCUCCAAGUCCGAGGACAAGAGCAAGGGCCAGACGCAGGGGCAAUCCCAGCAGGGUCUGUACGCCGCAUCCUAUCCCCUGGCGCCCACUUCGGUGGCGGUGGUGGCAGCUCGGGGAAUGUACGUGACAUGCAACAAUCGGGGAUUGCUGGAUCAUGGUCACUCCGUGAAGGGCACAUUUUACCCACCAGUGUCCGUUUCGGAAGAUGACACCAGCUCCUCGAUGCGGAACAGCAUUAGUGUUCUGCAGCAGCAUUGCAAUUUGGCCACGAGCACACCCUCCAGCUCCGCCGGACCCAUUCCCUCCAGCGAGAUGGGCAGCUACACGGUCUCCAUGGCGGAUAACUGCGGAAAUCUGAGACCCAGCAUGAACGAGCUGUCCGGCAAUGAGUAUCUACCCAGCGCCAAUGCCUACGGGAUGCAAUACGAGGACUUCCUGCGCUAUCAAAGCAACGACCUGGACUACUCCACACCGGCUGUUGUGGAGCACAAAGAACCCACUGCGGAGUCGGGGGGCACACAGAAGUGCCUUAAGUACCCGGACACGAAUCAGAACUACGACGACUACGAGGCGGAGGCCUACAGUAAUGCCAUGCUGCCGGCAACUGCGGCCAGCUACUACACCCAGCUCCCGUAUCCACCCACCUCGCUGGCCGCCUUCCCGCUCCAGCUGGCGGUGCCGUUCCAGCAGGCGACAAGCGGUGCCUACGGAGCACAGCCCAUGCAGAGUGGCUACCUGCACUACGGCAACUAUGGCGGCUACGAGGGAAUGGCCCAGGGCCAGCCGCAGAACCAGGCGCCAGUACAGCAGCAACAGGCUUCGCACUCGGCUCCGCCUUCCCUGUCGGCGCCACCCAACCAGACGGUGACCUCAUCCAAUCCGGCAGCUGCCUCCAUGCAGCACCAUCAUCACUUCGGACCAGGACCCGGCAUGGUGGGCGUGGGUGUGGGCGUGGGCGUGGGAGUGGGCGUCGGAGUUGGAGUGGGCGAGAUGCUAUUCGAGCAGCAGCAGCGCAAAGAUGAUGAGAUUAGCAACAUUCUGGCAGGAGUGCGCAAGACCUGCUACAGCAACUGAAUCCGAUCAGACAUUUGUAAUUUUGGUAACUAGAGUUUAGAGAGUGGUUUAGGUAGUCUUAAGAUUGCCCCCGCACCCACAAUGUUCUUCCAACCCCCCUAACCCAUACCUAGACCUAGAACUCUUUGAAUUGUACAAUUAUUAGAACUUUAUAAAAACGAUGAAAAAGAAAAGAAA